UAUAAAUUUACCUGUUUGCGAUAAAAAUAUCAGUGCUUUAGCAACAUUCGUUAGGCGUUCUAGAGAAUUAGUAGAAAGUGUACUCUAUUCUAUUACAUCUAUUGAAUUAAUCAUGCCGAAAUACGUAUUCCACUACUUUCCAAUAAAGGCUCUGGGCGAGUCGGUUCGUCUGCUGCUGGCAUAUGGUGGCGAUGGGUUCGAAGACCAUCGGAUAGAUUUGGACGACUGGCCGAAGUUUAAACCAAAUACUCCCUUUGGACAGAUGCCAGUCAUAGAGUUUGACGGCAAGCAGUACGCUCAGAGUAUCGCCAUCGCUCGGUACUUGGGUAACAAGUACGGUCUGGCUGGAGAUACCCUGGAAGAUAAUCUAGAGAUUGACCAGAACGUCUACCUCAUCAAUGAUCUUCGUAUAAAGGCGGCAUCAGCACAUUACGAAAAGGACGAUGUCAUUAAGGAGCAGAAAUAUAAAGAGUUCUCUAAAGGAGUUUUCCCAGACUCCCUAGAAAUGCUAAACGCUCUCUUUGCUAAGAACAACGGUCACGUCGCUUUAGGAAAGUUGACAUGGGCUGACUUCAUGUUUGCGGGUCUAUUUGAUUACUUGAGUGCUAUGAUGCGUAUGCCUGAUCUUGGACAGAAGUACCCCGCCUUACAGCAGGUUAAGGACAGAGUAUACUCCUUUCCCAAGGUCAAGGCUUAUGCUGAUGCAGUUCCUGCUUAGAAUAUAGAUCAUAAUUUACCUGUGUUAAAGUAAUAGUAGGUAGGUAAGCAUAGUUUAAGAUAAAACACCUCCAAUUUUUACACUUAGUUUAAACUAAAUUGUAAGUAAAUAAAUGUUUAAUUGAUGCA